AUGAACAAUCUAUCUCAACCUUUUGAUAUUUGUCUGUCUUUUCCUUAUAUCUAUCUAUCUGUCAUUCUGUCUGUCAUUUCAUUAUAUUUAUCUCUAUGUCAUUUCAUUAUAUCUAUCUAUAUGUUUUUCAUUAUAUCUGUCAUUUCAUUAUAUCCCUAUGUCAUUUCAUUAUAUCUAUCAUUUCAUUAUAUCUAUCUUUUCAUUAUAUCUGUCAUUUCAUUAUGUCUGUCAUUUCAUUAUACCUAUCUGUCAUUUAAUUAUAUGUCUUUUUAUUUAUAUGUCAUUUCAUUAAUCUGUCAUUUCAUUAUAUCUGUCUUUUCAUUAUAUUUAUUUUUUCAUACCUACUUCUUUUCAUUAUGUCUGUCUUUUUUAUAUCUAUGUAUCUCUUUCUCUUUUCAUUAUAUCUAUCUAUGUAUCUAUCACUCUUUACCUUAUAUCUAUCUAUCUGGCAUUUCAUUAUAUCUAUCUCUCUUUUCAUUAUAUCUAUUUAUCUAUCACUCUUUUCAUUAUAUCUAUCCAUCUAUGUAUCUGUCUUUUCCUUAUAUCAAUCUACCUAUCUCAUUCUUUUCAUAUCUAUUUUCAGAUAAUCCUUCAAUUUAUGCCUGCCUGGCUCCCUACCUGCCAGACUAUCUAUCUAUCUAUCUAUCUAUCUAUCUAUCUAUCUAUCUAUCUAUCUAUCUAUCUAUCUAUCACUUUUUGCUACUUGUCUGUUCAUAUCUAUCUAUCUAUCUAUCUAUCUAUCUAUCUAUCUAUCUAUCUAUCUAUCUAUCUAUCUAUCUAUCUUAUAUCUUACCUUGUCCUAUUUAUCUAUGUACUUAA